AUGAAAUGUCCUCCUCUAUUCAACGCCUGGCUUCACUCCGGGGCGGAGCAUAUGCAGCUCCGUGAGCAAGCUAAUGACCAGUCCCUGCAACCUUCCACCCAAGACAAUUACGAAAUUUUGCUCAUGGAGCGAGAGGCAAUUGUAGGCUUAAAAGAGUUCGUUCAUAAUAGCAGCCCGGAUGAAGUGACAGAUGAGAUUGUGAUGUGUGCAUUUGCUCUGGCUCUGCACCCUCCAGAACGAAAGCGAAAUGCGACUGCCCGUAUGAGGCAAGUUCCACUUUCAAACCUACAGUGGCUGUCUCGAUUCACAGACAUUGUGAUCCCAGAAGGACACAUACGGGGCUUGCGCCAGUUGGUGGACACGAGGGGAGGCUUUGACAAACUUGAGAUGCCUGGGUUGAAACAAGGUCUAUCAACGUUUAAUCUGAUCGUCGCGAGUAAAUACCUUGAACGACCUUACUGGCCCCUUCGAGCGCGUUUACAACCAGACGAAGUAGCAAUGUUUCUAUCGGCGUUCGAACCCAGCUGGCCUACAAACUCCAUGCCCUUACAAUCCUGUCUCAACUCCGUAGUUCCAACCGCCAUGGCUUGGGAAUUCCACGCAAUCCGUGGAUACAACGCAUUGGUGCACGAGUAUUCGCAAGGGCUUUGCCCUACCUUGGACAUGGCUUACGUCCUCGAUCUUCGGAAUAUGGUCCAUUACCACCUGAUGAGCCUUCCCACCUCCGCUGAGAUGCUGGAAACGCUUCAAGUCUUGCCACCGACGUACGAAUCUCUCCGGCUUGCUCUGAUCGCAUACAGCUUGCUUGUCUUAUUCCCCAUCCCGUUAACAAUCGAACCCUAUCCAAGGCUCGCACACUUGCUGAGAUAUGAGCUGGAGUUGACGCAAAUGAGGCUAGACUUAUGGAUGCCAAUGAUAGAAAUGCUGCUCUGGGUAUUGACCAUAGGCGGGAUUUCAUCCUUUGAAACAGUGCAUCGACCCUGGUACGUUCAGCGGCUGCGCUGGAUGGUUCAGAUGUUCGGGGUUGAAUCAUGGGAGCAGUUAAAAGAGAUCAUGGUUUCCAUAAUAUGGCUAGACACCCCCUGCGACGUAGAAGGGAUGCUUCUAUGGAAAGAGGUACAAGAAUCUAACCCAACCAGCUUUGUUGAGGGGCCGAGUAUCUCCAGCAUUUAUAUGGAGAGCCCUUUAGAGGUAAUAGUAUCAUGA